GAUCUCCCCGUCAUCUCGCGAGCGGCCCUCGACCUCCGAGCCGCCAGGGGGAGACGCACGCCGCUGCCGCCAUGCUUUGUCCUUCCGCGGCGGGCCGGAAGAAGCCGUCCUUUCUCGGCAGAGCGCAGCCAUGGCCCGUGGCCCCAAGAAGCAUCUGAAGCGCGUUGCUGCACCCAAGCACUGGAUGCUGGACAAGCUGACGGGCGUCUUCGCACCCCGCCCAUCAACAGGCCCUCACAAGCUGAGGGAGUGCCUUCCCCUCAUCAUCUUCCUGCGCAACCGGCUGAAGUAUGCUCUGACAGGAGAUGAGGUCAAGAAGAUUUGCAUGCAGAGGUUCAUCAAAAUAGAUGGCAAAGUCCGCACCGACAUCACCUACCCUGCGGGCUUCAUGGAUGUCAUCAGCAUUGAGAAGACAGGUGAGCAUUUCCGCCUGGUGUAUGAUACCAAGGGCCGGUUUGCUGUUCACCGCAUCACACCUGAGGAGGCCAAGUACAAGCUGUGCAAGGUGAGGAAGAUAUUUGUGGGCACCAAAGGAAUCCCUCACUUGGUCACUCAUGAUGCCCGCACUAUCCGCUAUCCAGACCCCCUCAUCAAGGUGAAUGAUACAGUCCAGAUUGACCUGGAGACAGGCAAGAUCACAGACUUCAUAAAGUUUGACACAGGUAACCUGUGCAUGGUGACUGGUGGUGCCAACUUGGGCCGUAUUGGGGUGAUCACCAACCGGGAGAGGCACCCCGGGUCGUUUGACGUUGUCCAUGUGAAGGACGCCAAUGGCAACAGCUUUGCUACCAGGCUCUCCAACAUCUUCGUUAUUGGCAAAGGUAACAAGCCAUGGAUCUCCUUGCCCCGUGGAAAGGGCAUCCGCCUGACCAUUGCUGAAGAGAGAGACAAGAGACUGGCAGCCAAGCAGAGCAGCGGAUAAAGUCCAGCUCAGGCUGGCUCUGGUGCUGUCAGUGUGUUAAUUAAACCAUUUACUAUUAUG